AUGGGGGUAGUUGUCGCCGUCUGGGGUGUCGUCGUCGACGUUGCCAGCUUCUGGCAGAGGAAGCUGCGCAGCUGGUACUCGCGCAAGAGCCCCGUCGAGCUGUGGCUGGACAUCUUGCGGACUGCCGAGGCUUUCGAGGACUGGGAAGAAGCUGCACUACACCUGGACAAUCUUCUUGGUCUUGAUCUAUGGAGGAAUAACCCGGCGUCCAAGUACUAUGACUGGCGACUCAUUGCAGAACGACUCGACUCCCUCGCUAGCGCCCGCGAAGAUGGCAACUUUCAACAGCUCGUCAACCUCCUACGAUCCGGUCUCGUAAGAAACCUAGGGAAUAUCACGUCGCCCAAACUAUAUAACCGAUCGUUUGCCGGCACGAAAUACCUUAUCGAGGAAUACAUUACACAGAUCGCCGAGGCAGUCGAGGACAUUCGCGCCCUCCCGACCAGUCCGUCGGCCAUCCAUGGAACUGGACCGUCUCUGACGACGCAGAUGAAGCUGGACUGCAUCCAUGACACGAGGCAGGCCUUUGGGAGGAGCACGCUGGUGCUACAGGGCGGUGCCAUAUUUGGCAUGUGCCACUUAGGCGUCGUCAAGGCCCUGUUCUUGCGCGGCCUGCUCCCACGCAUCAUCACCGGCACCGCUACAGGCGCCCUGAUCGCGGCCCUUGUCGCGGUACACACAGAGGACGAGCUCCCUGCUGUCCUGAGUGGUGAUGGUAUUGACCUGUCAGCCUUUGCGCCCAAGACUGGGACUGAGAAUGGCGACGUUUCGAGUUUCCAUUCACGAUGGCAAACCCUGCUUAGGAGGAUCCGCCGCUUCUCAAAAGAGGGCUACUUCCUUGAUGUUACUGUGCUAGAGGAGUGUGUCCGGGCCAAUGUUGGUGAUCUAACGUUUGAGGAAGCCUAUAACCGCAGUAAGAGAGUCUUGAACAUUACGGUAGCGACAGAGGGUCAAGGAGGCGUUCCAACGCUCCUCAAUUACCUCACUGCCCCCAAUGUGUUGAUCUGGACAGCUGCCGUGGCAUCGAAUGCGUCUUCACCAUCACUAUAUGGUCGCCGCAAGACAACUAUGCUCUGCAAGGACGCUCAGGGGAACAUUGUUCCUUGGGCGCCGGCCAACACAAUUGACUUUCGACACUGGACACACACGUCCUACUCUGACCGAGACUCACCUCUGCGACGUAUAGCCGAGCUGUUCAACGUCAACCAUUUUAUUGUCAGCCAAGCUCGACCGUAUCUCAUUCCUUUUAUCCAGUCCGACAUGCAUGGGCCGUCCCUUGUCGAAGCUAGGAGCAAGACGACUCAGGUGUCUGCCUUUCUAGUUCGUAUGGUUGGGCUGGAAAUAAGACACCGCCUUCGCCAGCUGGACACGCUGAGCCUACUGCCCGCAGGCAUCCGCCGCUUCCUAGUCGACGAGCAAGUCCCGGCCGCUUCCAUGGUGCUAGUGCCCGAGGUGACGGCAGGAGACUUUGUGCGACUACUCGAGACACCCACACGGGAGACGCUCAACUAUUGGAUCUUGAGGGGCGAGAGGAGCGUGUGGCCUGCCGUGGCAGCCCUAAGGAUCAGAUGCGCCGUCGAGAACGAGCUGGACAGGUCGUAUCAGGUUGUGAGGAAAUUCAAGGCCCCCGGUCUACGGCGAAAGGGGAGCAUGGCGGCGAGUAUGGAGGCCGAAAGGAGGGAACGCAACGGCGCUUUUGGGUCGAUUGGCACGGACGUUGAUGCAAGUUGA